AACCCAUGGAGAAUUUGGGGCCCCAGCUGACAGUCACUUAAGUGAAGAGGGCUGGGUGGAGCUCCACCCCGGAACUUCCUCUUUGUCUGCCCUCUUCCUUUGUGCCUCUCAGCGGUCUCUCCUUCUCUGCCCAUUAUCCCUCUUGUCCCCUGUGGGCCCACACCUCCUUUGUCUGGGUUCCUCGAGUGGGUCGCUCCCCAUCCAGGCGAAGAUGUCGGCCCAAGAAAGCUGCCUCAGCCUCAUCAAGUACUUCCUGUUCGUUUUCAACCUCUUCUUCUUUGUACUAGGUGGCCUGAUUUUCUGCUUCGGCACCUGGAUCCUCAUUGACAAGACCAGCUUCGUGUCCUUUGUGGGUUUGUCCUUUGUGCCGCUGCAGACCUGGUCCAAGGUCCUGGCCGUCUCGGGUGUCCUCACCAUGGCCCUGGCCCUCCUUGGUUGCGUGGGGGCCCUGAAGGAGCUGCGUUGUCUUCUGGGCCUGGUGAGUGAUCUUCUCUAUCACCGUUCCUGUUGUCCUGCCCCUCAAAGGCCUGAGAGGGUAAGCCCACCUCUCCCCUCUGUCUGUCCCCAGUACUUCGGGAUGCUGCUGCUCCUGUUUACCACACAGAUCACGCUGGGGAUCCUGAUCUCCACCCAGCGUAUCCGGCUGGAGCGAAGGGUGCAAGAGUUGGUGCUGCAAACCAUCCAAAGCUACGGCACGAAUCCGGACGAGACAGCAGCGGAAGAGAGCUGGGACUACGCGCAGUUCCAGCUGCGCUGCUGCGGCUGGCACUCUCCGCGGGACUGGAUCAGCGCCCGCAUGCUGAGAGGAAACGUGUCUGAGGAGCCCUUCGUGCCCUGCUCCUGCUACAACGCCACGGCGACCAAUGACUCCACAGGCUUUGAUAAGCUGUUCUCCCAGCUAAGCCGGCUCGGGCCGCGCGCGAAACUGAGGCACACUGCAGACCUGUGCGCACUCCCGGCCAAAGCCCACAUCUACCGAGAGGGCUGCUCUCAGAGCCUCCGGAAGUGGCUGCACAACAAUCUCAUCUCCAUUGUGGGAAUCUGUCUGGGAGUCGGUCUUCUUGAGCUCGGCUUCAUGACGCUCUCAAUAUUCCUGUGUAGAAAUCUGGACCAUGUCUACAACCGGCUGGCCCGGUACCGCUAGGCCUCAGCCUGUCCCGUCGUCGGCACCCACGCACCUCCAUGCAACCAGGAAAUGUUUGUUUCCUUUCUGGCUGGCCACAGGCUUGGAGCCCCGUGGGUCAGGCCUCAUGCCCUUGGGGACCCAGGUGCUGCCCUACCAACAGUUGUCACUUCCCCCGCAGGGCCAGGGACUUCCAUUCCUCGGCUUCCUUCCCGUCCCUUCCCCACUCCCUCCUCCCUCACACCAUCUGUCUGCCACCUCCCACAUGACACCUCAAAUAAAUCCCCUUCGGUUUUUUUUUUUUUUUUUUUUU